AUGAGCGCAGAAACAGCUGGGACUAUCCCAGCACCAACGGAUAUCGGUGCCUUGGCUAAUAGAAUAAAUUUCCACACAAGAGACGCUCACAACAAGAUCAAUGCGUACAUGAGUGUGAGACUUGCGUUUGCGCUGAAACAUGGGUUCAUUUACAGACAGGGUAUACUGGCUUACUACCAUAUAUUCGACGCCAUUGAGCAGGAAAUUGAUCGUUUGAUGAUGGAUCCGCAAGGCGCGAAGGAGGUGCAAGUGCAGGGCAUUCUCAGACAGUUUUGGCUGGAGGAGUUCCGCAGAUCUGGCCAGAUCUUCAAGGAUCUGGAGGUGUUGUACUCGCCAGAAUAUAGGAGCAAGGACGCAAUUCGAGACUUUGUCAGCACCAACAGACUGCCACCUGUGCUGCAAGAUUUUGUGGACUACAUCCACACUACGAUCCAGGACGAGCCAUGCAACGUGCUCGCGUAUUGCCACGUGAUGUAUCUGGCACUAUUCGCAGGUGGGAGGGUGAUGAGAUCCAACUUGUACAGACACACCGGGCUCUUCCCUAAAUUUGAGUUUCUGUCGCCGAAGGAGCUAGUUCAUCGUGGCACGAACUUCUUUACGUUCAGUGACGAAGGUACAGAUGCAGAGAAUAGGCUCAGAUGGAAGUACAAGCAGAACUUCGAGUUGGCCACCCGUAACGAGCUGAGUGAAGAACAGAAGCAUAAGAUAAUACAGGUCUCCAGUGAAAUAUUCCUGCGGAAUAUGGCAAUUACUGGUGAAAUUGGAGAACUAAACAAGCAGGAACUGAUGAGCAAGUUCAGCUUCAAGCUUUUGACGUAUUUUGUUGAAGAGUGGAAAUACAGCGCUCUAAUUUCCAAGAAGUCCAAGGACUUGAUCAUCUUCACACUUGUAGCGCUGCAAUUUCUGUUGGGUUACUAUAUCUUGCGUCGCUUCCUAUAG